AUGGCAGAACUUGGCAAACUAAUAAAGAAAAGAGGUGUAAUUAAAGCUCAGUUAACUAUUUUCACAAAAGCGGUAAAUGAAUUUGCAACUAUAUCUAAUUUAAGCCAAACAGAAGUUACAAAAUUAAAAGAUAGGUUACGUGAUGCCGAAAAUUAUCUUGACGAAUUCAAAUCAUAUCAAUUAGAAAUAGAGUUACAGGAUGAUAUAAAUUUAGAUGAGCAAUUAAUCGAACGAGAGAGAUUUGAAAAUUCAUAUUAUGAUGCAAUCGCUGUUGCUAAAAACAUUUUACAAAGCUACAAUAAUCACGAUAAUGAUACAAAUCUUAGCGUGAUUUCAGACAAAGCUUGUUGUAAAAACGAGGGUAUAAAGCUUCCGGAUAUAUCACUUCCUAAAUUCAGUGGAAACUUUGAAGAUUGGUUAGAAUUCAGGGACACAUAUAAAAGCCUUAUUCAUGAUAGAAAAAAUAUGCCGCUAUUAAUUGAUACAGUGCUAGAUUGGGUUGUAUCUGGGCAAAUAAGUACUAACAACGUUGAAAAGGCUUCUUGUAAUUUAAGUAUAAACCAGGAAUUAUUAAAUUCAAUAGCCAAAUUUUGGGAAAUCGAGGAAAUAUCUAGCACGCGACAACUUUCUCCAGAUGAACAAUUUUGCGAGGACAAUUUCAUCAAAACUACUACCAGAGACGCGAACGGACGUUUUACAGUCACUAUACCUUUGAAGCAACAACCUUCUAGUUUAGGUGAGUCGAAAGCUCAAGCCGAAAAACGUUUCUAUGCAUUAGAACGAAAAUUCAGGAGAGAUCCAAUGCUGCACAGCAGAUAUAUACAAUUUAUGAACGAGUAUAAAGAGCUAGGCCAUAUGACAAUUUGUAACGGCAAUGAUUCAAGCUUCGAAUAUUUCAUGCCGCAUCACGGAGUUUUGAGAGAAGAGAGUUUGACCACAAAACUACGGGUAGUUUUCGAUGCAUCAGCGCCCUCUAGCAACGGUCUAUCCUUCAACAAUAUUCAAGUCAUUGGACCCGUUUUACAAGACGAUUUACUAUCAAUAGUCUUAAGGUUUAGGAAAUAUAACUAUGUAGUUUCGGCAGACAUAGUUAAAAUGUACCGGCAAAUUUCAAUAACGCCCGAGCAAAGGCAUUUGCAAAAAAUUGUAUGGCGCGAAAAUCCGAGUGAUAACCUGGAAGUCUACCAGCUAAAUACCGUUACAUACGGGCAAGCCUCUGCCAGUUAUCUUGCAAUACGCUGUUUAGCUAAACUCGCUGAGGAUAUUCAAGAAAUGAACCCGGAAAUAGCCGAAAUCAUUAAGCACGACUUUUAUGUAGAUGACCUGUUAACAGGUGCACCUACACUUGAGCAUGCGCAAUACAUAUGUAAAGCGAUAAGUGACACUCUUAAAUCGGGAUGUUUCGCACUCCGAAAAUGGUGCUCUAACGACACCAACGCGCUCAAAAAUAUAAGUUCAAAUGAUUUAAAAUCCGAUAUACUAGAAUUUGCGCAUGAUGGCAAAACAAAAACAUUAGGCUUGAUAUGGGUUUGCAAUAACGACAAGCUUCAAUAUAAAAUUCAUACCAAUCCUAUAGCAUUGCUUCUAGCCCGCCUAACAGAUAAAGCUAAAACUGCUUUGAAAAUUCAAUUCAAAUCUUUCACACUUUGGUCGGACUCAACUAUAACUCUAGCUUGGGUACGCACAAGCCCGAAUCUGCUAAAAACAUUCACGGCCCAUAGAGUGGCAGAAAUUCAGUCUCUCACUAAACACGCCGAUUGGAGGCACAUCCCCACCCACGAUAAUCCAGCAGAUAUUGCUUCAAGGGGAAUAUAUCCUAGUCAAAUUUUAAACUCUGAUUUGUGGUGGCGCGGCCCUACUUGGCUAGCUAAGGACCCAAGUUUUUGGCCCAAUGACAAGCUGGAGGUGCUUCAUGAUUUACCUGAACUUAAAUCCAGUCUUCUGACCAAUGUUGCGCCCCCUACUCUGAGUUUUCCCUUUGAACGUUUUUCAAAUUUCUCAAGAAUGCAACGAACAAUGGCAUACAUUUUACGAUUUAAGGAUAAUUGUCUUCAGAGAAAUCGCAGAAGAGGCGGUUCUCUUACAGUACAGGAGUUAAGUGAUUCUCUAAAAUGUCUCAUUCGAAUUUGUCAAUCUCAAUCGUAUUCUACCGAAAUUGAAACAUUGAAAAAUAACAAGCCUUUGAGCUCCCAUAGUAAUCUAUUAAGUCUUAGUCCCUUUCUAGAACCCGAUGGUUUGCUACGCGUAGGAGGGCGACUAAAACAUUCAAAUUACUCCUUUGACAAAAGGCAUCCAAUUUUGAUCAAUUCAAAGCAUCAUUUUUCAAAGCUACUAUUUUUACAAGAACAUGAACGCCUAUUGCAUGGCGGCCCUCAGCUGCUCUUAAGCACUAUAAGAGAAAAUUACUGGGUUAUAUCCGGUAGAAAUCUUGCACGAAAGACUGUUAAGAAUUGUGUGAAAUGCUUCAAAUUCAAUGCUAAAACCAUACAGCCAAUUAUGGCCAACUUACCGCGCGAUAGAACUAAUCCUUCUAGUGCAUUUUCAAUAGUGGGAGUUGAUUACGCGGGGCCAUUUAUGAUUAACGAUAAGAAAGGUAGAGGUUGUCGUUUAAGUAAAUGUUAUAUUGGCGUAUUUAUUUGUUUAUCAACUAAAGCAGUCCAUUUGGAAUUGAUUUCUAGCCUUUCUUCAGAAUCAUUUAUUCAAGCGCUAUAUCGUUUUGUCUCUAGACGAGGCAAACCAUCAAAAAUAUUGUCCGACAAUGGAACAAGCUUCGUCGGGGCACAGCGAGAGCUAAAGGAUUUUCUAAAACAUGGCAGCAACACUAUAAUCGAGAAAUGUAGCUCUCAGAAUAUAGAGUGGAGUUUUAUACCACCCUACUCUCCUCAUUUCGGAGGUUUGUGGGAAGCAGCUGUCAAAAGCGUAAAGCAUCAUUUAAGGCGCGUUUUGACCCAAGUUCAUUUAUCAUUUGAAGAAUUUGCCACAGUUCUCGCACAAAUCGAGGCGAUUUUGAAUUCGCGUCCUUUAUGCCCACUGAGCUCUGAUCCCAACGAUUUUGGACCUCUUACCCCAGCUCACUUCUUGAUUGGAAGACCAAUAAUUGCAGCACCUGAUCAAGAUGUCACCGACAUAAAAAUGAAUCGACUUUCCAGAUUUCAGCUCGUACAACAAUUAGCACAGCACUUCUGGAACAGAUGGAAAUCUGAGUACAUUGCGGAGCUCCAAAGACGCACCAAAUGGAAGUCCAACCAAGGCCAUCUAGUAGAAGAUUCUCUCGUUUUAGUGAAAGGCGAGAACACUAUGCCCACUCAGUGGUUAUUAGGUAGAAUCAGCAAGCUCCAUAGAGGCCCUGACGGUAUCGCUAGGGUCGCUUCUAUAAGAACUCCCUCUGGAGAAAUCAUCAAAAGAAGCUUUCAAAAAAUCUGCCCCCUUCCAGUUGACCUUUGA